GAAGCUUGCCAAGGGAUUGCCUCUUUUUUCUACAAUAAUGCUAUACCUUUUCAUGUGGCAAAAAGUGAUGAAUUCAAGAAGAUGCUAGACUUGGUUGCAAGACAUGGUAUUGGCUUUAAGCCUCCAUCCUACCAUGAGAUUAGAGUCAAGUAUUUGAAACAACAAGUUGAUUGCACCAAAGAAGUUAUAGAGCAGCACAGAUAAGAGGAGGAGGACUAUAUUAAACUUCUUGGUUAAUAGUCCUAUGGGAACCAUUUUUUUGAAGUCAAUUGAUGCAUCUGAUAUAUCUAAAACAGCUGACAAGAUUUUCAAGUUGAUGGAUGAAAUUGUUGAAGAAGUUGGUGAAGAGAAUGUAGUGCAAAUUGUCACAGACAAUGCAGCAAACUACAAAGCAACCGGGGAGAUGUUGAUGGGGAAGAGAAAGAGGCUAUAUUGGACGCCUUGUGCAGCUCAUUGCAUCGAUUUAAUGUUGGAGGAUUUUGAAAAAAAGAUACCAAUACAUAAAGAGACAAUUGCACGAGGUAAAAAGAUCACAACUUACAUCUAUUCAAGGACUGCGCUUAUUUCUCUAUUGCAUCAUUUUACCAAAGAAAAGGAUUUGAUUAGACCAGCCACUACCCGUUUUGCCACAUCUUACUUGACUUUGGGUUGCUUGAAUGACAAUAAGGGAGCAUUGAUUAGAAUGUUUACAUCCAAAGAAUGGAAAUCUAGUCAAUUUGCAAAGACUAAAGAUGGAAAGGUUAUUGAAAAUGUGGUAAUGGAUAAGGACUUCUGGAAAAGCAUUAUUACAUGCUUGAGGAGUGCUUAUCCUUUGAUUAAAGUCCUUCGUUUGGUAGACUCAGAUGAGAAGCCUGCCAUGGGGUUCAUUUAUGAGGAAAUGGACAGGGCCAAAGAAAAGAUACAAGCUGCCUUUAAUGGUAUUAAGAAAAGUUACUUGCCUCUAUGGGAAAUUAUAGAUGCAAGAUGGGAUAAUCAACUGCAUCGGCCUUUGCAUGCUGCGGGCUAUUACCUUAACCCUCAAUUUCAUUACAGUCCUAAUUUUAAAGCUGACUUUGAAGUGAAAAGAGGAAUAUAUGAUUGUCUACAAAGGAUGGUUGAAAGUAUGGAAGAAGUAAAGAAGAUUGAUGCUCAACUGGAAGACUUCAAAUAUCGAAAGAAAUUCUUUGGUAGUGCAGUAGCCACUUGUGGAAUUGAAACCAAAACUCCAGCACAAUGGUGGGAAUCAUAUGGUUAUGAACAUCCUGAGUUGCAAAAGUUUGCUAUUCGUGUUUUGAGCUUGACAUGCAGCUCAUCUGGCUGUGAGAGGAAUUGGAGUGCAUUUGAGAUGGUCCACACUAAGAGAAGAAAUCGUUUGAAGGCAAAAACGAUGAAUGACGUAGUCUUUGUGAUGGCUAAUUCAAAAUUAGCCAAGAAGAAGGAAUUGAGGAAAGUCAAUGACUAUAGCAUUGAUGACCUAGCUUCUGAUGAUGAUUGGAUUGUGGAUGAUAGUGAAAAUUUAGAUUUGGAUGCUUCAAAUGAAGAUUUGGUUCCAGUUGAAGAAGGACCUAGUAGUGGAGCACCUCAUGAUGAUUUGGAGCUGCCUAGUUAUGAUGAUGAUGAAGUUGAAGAAGGUGGAGAUGCCAUGGAGGAUGCUGGAGAUGAAGAACACAUGGAGGAUGAUUAUGAAUUCAUGAAUUUAUGAAGCUUAGAACUUGACUAUUAUUUUUCAUGUUGUAGACUUAUAUGUUAUCUAAAAUUUGUGACUUAUGACUUAUUUUAUGUGUGGAUUGUAGAAGACCUUAUAAAUGUUUAGUUUAAUCAAAUGUUUAAUGUGUUUUUGAGGUUAUUAAUCUUAUCUAUGUUAUUUUCUAUGAGUAUAUAUAUGUUUAUAUAUAAUUUUACAUUUUGGUAGAAACUUACGAUUCGUGUUACGAUACUACGAGUUUACGAUUCU